UUAUGCUCCUAGGAGUGACAGUGCUGAGGAAGAAGUAUCCUCCAGCCAAGUACCUGUGUGUGCUGCUGAUCGUGGCAGGAGUGGCUCUGUUCCUCUACAAGCCCAAAAAGGCAGUUGGGGGUGAUGACCACAUCUUUGGCUACGGAGAACUGCUCCUGCUGCUGUCCCUGACCCUGGAUGGGCUCACUGGGGUGUCUCAGGAUCAUAUGAGAGCUCACUACCAAACAGGCUCCAACCACAUGAUGCUCAAUGUCAAUCUCUGGUCCACCUUGUUCCUGGGAGCUGGGAUACUGUUCACUGGAGAACUCUGGGAGUUCCUGAGCUUCACAGAACGUUACCCAAGCAUCAUCUACAACAUCCUCCUCUUUGGGCUGACCAGUGCUCUGGGCCAGAGCUUUAUUUUCAUGACUGUGGUGUAUUUUGGACCUCUGACCUGCUCCAUCAUCACCACCACUCGCAAGUUCUUCACCAUCCUCGGGUCUGUCAUCCUCUUUGCCAACCCCAUCAGCUCCCUGCAGUGGGUGGGGACAAUCCUGGUGUUCCUGGGCCUUGGACUCGAUGCCAAAUUCGGGAAGGGAAUAAAGAAAACAUCCCAUUGAGGCAAUGGUUGAUUGGUUUGAUCUCUGCACUUGGAAUGAACUUUUAAUUUAUUGUCUUGUACCUCAGAAUCUGUUUUGAACUGGACUCAGGACAGGGAAGCAGAAGGAGAUUGCUUGGAAUUUUUUUG